AUGUCUACGUAUACGUCUACGGGAAUCCCUCCGUUCGUUCCGGCAACAGUAAAUACAACGAUUGACAAAGUUGUAUUUCAAAUUGAGCAUUUGUCUGGUCAGAUAAAUGAGCUUACAAGUCAUCUUGAUGUUGCUGCUGGAGAAGUAUCUACUAGAGGAAAACAAACAUUCCAAUCUAUCAAACUAAAUUUCAAUAAUGAUACAGUCGUAAACUUCAAUUAUAUGGUGGAUGUUAUCUCUGAUAAAACUCGUAACUGGCCAUUAACUGAACUCAUCAUAGUUGCCAUCGUUGCUUUAAUUUUUCUGAUAACGGGUAUUUGUUAUCUUGCCGCUCGUACCGGGGAGAAGGUUGUUGCUCGAAAAUAUCAAAAGCAAUUAAUACAAGUUUGA